AUGAGCAGGACUCGAUCAUUCGAGGUGCGCUCAGAUUGCAUGGCAAACAGCCGAUAUCUUCUUGAUUGUCUUCAGAGCCGACCAUCGCGAUCUUGGUCAGACUGUACAAGGCAAUACAAUCCGGCAUACCUGCACGUCUGCAAUGAGGCAGGCAUACAAGGACAUGCGUCGAGCAAGAGAACAUUACUGCGGGGUGCGAGUGAGCCUACAAUUUGCAGAAUUGUCACCCCCUACAAACUGUCUGGCUGCGUCUCGACAUGCAGACGAAUGCCUCAGAGGACGAGGACUCGUUUGGUGUCCGGCAUCUUGGGCGAGCGGCUGGCCAGUUGUAGAGCCUCCUCAGUUGCCGCCCGAGGCGCCAAAGGGAAGUUCGUGGGAACAAAUUUAAGUCGCAGUUAA